CGGUCAGGUGGCCGCGCGGCGCGCAUGUGCGCGACGGACUGCGGCGCAGUCGGAGAGUCGCGUCAGAGCCUCGGCGGCGCGGGCGGGCGCGUGCACGCGAGGGUAAGGAGACGCCGCCGCCGCCGUUCCCGCUGGGUCGGCGCGCACUGAGAUGGCGGUGACGCGUUACCGGCGGUUCCUCCGGCUCUGCGAGGAGUGGCCCCUCGAUCAGACCAAGAAGGGCCGCGAUCUGGGCGCCUUCCUGCGGCAGCGGGUGGCGCUGGCCUUUCGGGAGGGCGAGAGCACCCAGAUUGCAGACCAAGAGAAGUGUGACCAGAUGUAUGAAAGUUUAGCCAGAAUCAACUCUGCUUAUUACAAAAACAAGUACCCUCGUCUCAGAAACACAAGUUUUACUGGUGUAACAGUUGAAGAAUGUCGAAUGGUUCUUGCAACAGAUAAUAUGAAACAAAUGGAAGAAACGAAGAAAGGUAUGUGGAAAAAGCUGCGAGAGAAGUUCACGGGGAAACCAGAUGAUGUCACAAAGGAAUAUGUCUAACUGUUGCACUUUAUUGAAACUGCAAUUGGUAUUUAUAUAUUAGUUGCUAAAUAAUAAACAUCUGAUUUCUAGAAAUGAUUUGAAUUAUUUGUGUUGAUGGAAAUAAUCUAUGUAAUUUGAAAGUUUAAUUUUGAUCUUUGAAAUAUACCAGUACACAUAUUUAAAUGUGAAAGUCCAUAUUUUAAAAUAUGAAUCCAAAUUUUCUGUAAUAAAAUGUUGUAAUAUUCAGA